AUGUCUGCAAUGGUGGCAACCGCAAAACCCAAGGCACUUUGCCUGCGCCACCCCGAAUGGGUCGCCGCCGAAUAUCUAGACAACUUCCGUGAGAAGUUCGAGCUGCAUGUAAUCGACGUCCCUGAUCGAAAAGAGUGGUUCCGCAACAUCGACCAGAAGGUCAAACAAAACGGCCCAUUCCAAGCCAUGGUGAUCCGAAUGGGGACCCAUCCCUACGGCAAUUUCGACCAGGCCUUCUUUGCACCGCUUCUCCCUGAUCUCAAAUGCGUCGCAUCGGCCUCAGCGGGCUACAACGAGUUCAGCGUCGACUGGAUGACCUCGCAAAACAUCUGGUUCUGCAACACUGUCGAUGCCGUCUCCGAAGCCACAGCCGACAUGGCCAUCUUCCUCAUGCUCGCCGCCAUACGCGACACCACCCGUGCCGAAAAGGCCGCUCGUGAGGGCAGGUGGCGCGCGAACCACGUGCCGAGUCGUGAUCCCACGGGCCUGAAGCUGGGCAUCAUUGGAAUGGGCGCCAUCGGAAAGCACCUUGCGCGGAAAGCUGCCGUCUUCAAUCUCGGCGUCCAAUACCACAACCGCAGGCGCCUUUCAGAGCCGGAGGAAGCGACGUACAACGCAAGGUACUGCUCAACCUUGCAAACGCUGCUUGAGACCUCUGAUGUUGUCUCGAUCAGCGUGCCGCUGAACGCUGAUACAACCGGCAUGAUUGGCGCAAGCGAGCUGGCGCUAAUGAAGGACUCGAGCAUCUUGAUCAAUACCUCUCGCGGUGCAGUUGUUGAUGAACAGGCCCUGAUCAACGCUUUGGAGUCCGGGAAGAUCUGGAGAGCUGGUCUGGAUGUCUUUUGCGGCGAACCCGAAAUUCAUCAUUACUUCAGGGAGAGCGAGAAGGUCAUAAUCCAACCCCAUUUGGGAGGACUCACCCAAAUGAGCUUCAAGAAGGCGGAGAGAGAAUGCUUUGAGAACAUCAAGGCAUUCUUCGAGACCGGACACCCGGUGGCGCCUGUGAAUGUCUUGAAGGCCAAAGAAGCAUAG